GUCCGACCACAUUAGUUCGUUCCACUUGUAAAAGACCAAAUCCAGGGUCCAGACUCUAGACUCCAGACUCCAAACCCACUUCGAUUGUCUCUUUCCCUCAGUUUCUCGCUCACGCAACGCUUUCCCGGAAACUAAACAAAGAACACAAAAGACGGACACAUAUACACCUGCGCAAAACCCUCAUGAGGGCGCAGCGAACGUCGAUCCACGCCGUGUCAACAUGGGUGCGGCGACAGCCGCCGAAAAUGAAGGCCUUCUUGGCCGUGGUCUCGGGCAUGGCGGCGCUGGUUCUGCUCCGAUUCAUCGUCCACGACCACGACAACCUCUUCGUCGCCGCAGAGGCCGUUCACUCUAUUGGAAUCUCCGUGCUCAUCUACAAGCUCAUGAAGGAGAAGACUUGUGCUGGACUAUCUCUCAAGUCUCAGGAAUUAACAGCGAUUUUUUUAGCUGUUAGGCUGUACUGCAGUUUUGUUAUGGAAUAUGAUAUACACACCCUCCUUGAUUUAGCUACAUUGGCAACAACCUUGUGGGUUAUUUAUAUGAUCCGCUUUAAACUGAAAUCUAGUUACAUGGAGGACAAAGACAACUUUGCAAUAUACUAUGUGGCGGUUCCCUGUGCUGUGUUAGCUUUGUUUAUUCAUCCAUCAACUUCUCACCAUUUUGUGAAUAGAAUCUUCUGGGCAUUCUGUGUCUAUCUGGAAGCCGUUUCAGUUCUACCCCAGUUGCGGGUGAUGCAGAAUACAAAGAUUGUUGAACCAUUCACUGCACAUUAUGUGUUUGCUUUGGGUGUGGCAAGGUUCUUGAGCUGUGCCCAUUGGGUUCUUCAGGUUUUAGAUAGUCGUGGACACUUGCUGGUAGCAUUGGGUUACGGAUUAUGGCCUUCUAUGGUUCUUAUCUCAGAAAUUGUCCAGACUUUCAUCUUGGCAGAUUUCUGUUACUAUUAUGUCAAAAGUGUUUUUGGUGGCCAGCUUGUCCUUCGCCUUCCCUCUGGAGUGGUGUGACAGGGAGACUCCUUGCCGUAUACGUUCAAUGAAUGCAGUGCCAUCUAAAGAGUAACUUAGCCGAGCAAUCUGGGUGGUUAUCCUUUAAGUUACGGUUUUUGGUCUCCACACGGUUCUGAUUCUCCCUGUAAUGACUAUUUGUCAAAUGUAUUUGUAAAGAUGGGGAUGCAGAAGACUUUGAUAUUUAUAUAUGAAAACUUGAUUGCGAUAGGUCGUCUA